AGUCGAGACGCGCGCAACACCGCCGGCGUCCCGGGAGCGUCUGGAAGUAGUCCGCGCGUUGUGUCCGGUUUGCCGUCGACCAUUUGUGACUUGUAAUGCGGACUGCUUACUGUGCCACCUGGGUAAGCCCCAGAAGGUGUUUGAUAUAAUCAGUUUUAUAUGGUCAGCUACGGUGCUUGUUUCUUUUGCGAAAAGUUUAAGUGCGGAAGAACACAAGGUACAGCGCUGAAAGCGGCGAGCGCGAAAUUGCGCCAUUGUGCGGUGCGGCUCAUACUCUUUCCGAAACCAUCAUUUCUUAUCUCCGGUUGUCAAAGUAGGUUGCACCGCGCUUCGCGGUAGCUUUGCAUUGGACAAUGUCCGCCCAAGAAGCAACUCAGAAGAUGGAUGAGUAUCUCACCUCAUUAGGAUUUUGGAGGAAGCAAAUCGCCGCUGAUGGCUCCUGCUUGUUUAGAGUGGUUUCCGAGCACGUGUACAACACGCAAUCGAAACAUGAAGCUGUACGACAGGCGUGUGUGCAGCACUUACGUGAGAACAAGUCCAUCUAUUCAAAGUACAUUGAUGCGGACUUCGAUCAAUAUCUGACAAACAUGGAAAAUGUGAAGGUCUGGGGCGGCCAUUUGGAGAUGCAUGCAAUGGCAGAACUGUACAAGAAAGACUUCCUGAUCUUUGAUAACCCCGGCAGGAGUCCCUACUAUGCAACGGAGAACCACUUUCAAGAUGUGGUGAUGCUCUGCUACACCCUUGGUAAUCACUAUGAUGUCGUGUACUCGAGGCAAAGACUUGGUGCUGCAGCCAUGUGCCAAUCCCUUUUGUACGAAACUCUGUACAAGACAGUUUUUGAGUUUGGAGACGAUGUUCACUUGGCAGUCAAAAAGAUGCUCUAUGACAAGACGUACUUCAAGCACAAGAAGAACAUGACCUUUCAGCAGUGGAAAGAGAGUGUCAAGUUUGGGCUAGAGACCAACGUCCUUACUGAGGAGGAACAGGCCAAUGCUUCUGAGGUUGUGACUGCGUUGGCCAAUCGAAUACCCCCAUUUCCAUUCAAAGUUGCCAAGGCUUUGGACCCGACAAUCUACAGAAAUGUCGAAUAUGACAUUUGGAACGAGGCAGAGAAAGAGAAAAUCCGCAGGGAACAACAAGUGAUUCCAAAGUUGGAGCCCGGCGUUAAAUGUUUGGUGCGGCUGACUCGCGACUUGGAAGGCCACAGUGCUUCUUUCCAAGCUCACAUUCAGAAAAUGGAGCCAAACGAAGGACCCAUCACAGUUUUCAUUGAAAAGCUGGGGAAAAUGUGCGUAGUACCGUACAAGAGUGUUCAGGCACUGCCCCUGCCAGCAUACAAAGCAUUGACUUGGCGCCAGGGCCCCCCAUGCAAGCAGCGAGGUAUCCUCUACCAGCACACACUACUGUCCAGCGUUCCAGAUCUUCAAAAGUCGCAGCGCAAGUUUGCACGCAAAGGAAAAGCAAAGGACCUGUCUCUGUGGCUGCCUACAGUAGUCGCUGGAACACGUCUGCCCCUAGACUUCUCUCUCCCGAGGCCUUCGGAUGUCACUUGCUCAUCUCCUCAUUUACUUAGAGGCAACGACAUCUUUACAGCUGACAAGGGAAAGUUCUCUCUCAGCCCCUCAUCACCCAUGGACACCAGUCAAGCACUUUGGAGCCCACCUGUACCACUGUUGCCACCUGGCAGUCCCUGCCAAUUUCCUCAGCCGAUCAUGUACCAAGAAAAACAAAGAUUUGAAAGCCAUGCAGUUUUUGACUUCAAGCCCCAGACUUGUAUCCCAUCCAGCUAUGGUCAGCCGACCACUCAAGACAUGCCGCUGAAGAGUGAUGAUUCCAGUGUUGUCGGCCCUGGUAUUCAAGCCCAACUCCCAGCAGCUCACCGCAUCGAAACGCCGUACUAUGGCAACUUCACCACCACUGUGUUUGACCCGUCUAUCCUGGGUCAGCCUGCACGCACAGAACCAGGGCUCCUGAGCACACCACCACCUUCGUCUUACGACUACAUUUCUGCUCCUUCCUUUACUUACGCAGCACCCUCUCCAGAUGUGUUGUGCAGCCCACCACAGAAUGGGAUCCUGAGCGCCACUCCCAAUGCUUGUACCAGUGAUGCCCCUCUGCCGUAUGGUCAGGAAGUCACGGCUGUGCAGCAGCCACAGCAGCAGCAGCUGGUUGCCUCCUACUCUCCAGUGCCCUUCACUAACAUGCUGUUCACCUGUGAGCCACCAGCGCCCUCAGUUAACCUGGCUGCUCAGCGCUCUAAUGACCUCGAGGGCAGUGACCUCCCCACUGAUGUCCCAACCCUGCGGUUCUUUUACAACAUUGGCUGUGAUUACUUUAGGACGUACGGCACCUCUCUGCAACCAUGUGUGUUCCCAUCAGUACAGGGCUACAAUGGGAACUUCAGCGUGACCAUUGUGCCAUACAUGGCUGACUCCAGCAUAGUCAUGCCUGAUGUCAGGUGCAGUGUGUCGGAGACUACAGCAACCACGAACAGUUUCACUGAAAGUCUGAACGAAGACGGCUCCCUCUCCUCCUCAUCACCUGGCUUUGGCUCUGUUGGAAAUGGCAAUGCUUUGGGUUCUUCACCAUCCCUCAGCUAUGAAAUGAUGUCACCAUCUGCUUCACAACCUCAGAACUGACAGCACUGUUACGCUGUGUGGUAGGGCAUGAGUGUUCAAUAUGUGGUACACAUGCCCAAGCUUCCCAGUUGCUGCCAUUAUCUCUCUAGUCAUUUGAAAAACCUGCUUAGCAGCAACAUAACUCGUGCAGUUUUUCCAUACCUGUGAUAAGUGGCAGUGCCACUCUGAGAUCACUGCAGCCAUUUGUCUGUGCCUUAUCACACUUGGGACUGUUCACAUUCAACACAGGACACCAGCCUUCAUUCAGUCUUAUUGCAGGUGCUAGCAAUUUUUGCAGUGGUGGUAUUUUCUUGACAUGCAGAUUGCAUUUCUCUGCACAUGUGAAUGCAGCGUACAGAGUGGUUUGCUGUCCCAGUGCCAAAAGCAAAUGGUGCUUUAUUGUUAACUAGGAAUCUCUGCCUUGUUUAUGCUUUGGAAAUCUGUGCAGUAGUUCUUGUAUAAUACAAGCUUUGUUCAAAAGCUUAAUGCCACUGUGAUAUUUAAUAUAGACAAUAGGCAGUUAAUUGAUCACUCUUUGGCACUGUCUGUUCAUCAAAACUCCUAGUCAGACACACCAAUGUAGCACUUCCGUGCUCCAACAUGGUCACAUUUGAGCAUUGCCAUCUUUAGUUGCAUAGUUACAGCCUUACUCUAGUCAAACAUGCCAAAGUGGCAGUGCAAUACACACACUGUUCUUUAAAAUGCAGCAUAUUUUAUGCACAUAUAUUGUCUUAUAUAAAAGGCCACUAUUUUUCUUAGCUCGUAUUUUUGUAUAGUUUUGGGCCUACUGUAAACUGUGAACAAAUAUGACCUUCAAAUUGCCAUAUUCCCUGGUAACUUUGUCAUGUCUUUCAAAAACGUUUUUUCCUUUUUGUCAACCUUCUCACUGGUAGCAGCCUCACCACGCUUAAUUCAGCUGUUACCUUAUUCCUUCAGUGCUCAUCUACACAGAAAUUACUUGUACUUGUGAUCAUCAGUGAAUUGACAGCUUGUAUGUCUACCAUGCUCGACCACUGCCACGUCGCAUAAGAGAGCUUCUUGGCCCGACAGACUUUUCUCAUUGAGCAAAAUGCUGCAUUAACUCAAUCGCUGCAUUUUUUUUUUUUUCGUUGUACUUAAAGUGUGUUAGUCACUGUUUAGACAAGUGUUCUGACAUUUGUUUUGUGCAUUUUGUGCUCUCACUACUGGCCAUGAUCUCUUUGCCCCUAUGCUCACUUAUUUCUUGAUAUCCAACAAACUAAAACUUUUUUUCAUUCCCUGGGAGCAGAUCACUCACUCAUACCUACCAUUCGGCAGGAAUAGCUGUGUUAAUUGAUUGCCUGCCAAAUGUGGUAAAAAAAUUAUUUUAGAGAUUGGUGUGACCAAACUUGAAGAAAAAGAAAAAAAAAAGAUUGUUAAGCAAAGGCAAGAAAGACCAAAUAUGACCUUGUCACUGUCAUGCUGUGAUAGCAUUACACAUGUAUUCGUGGUGCAGUGUACCUGGAUUUGUUGUUCCUUUUUUUUUUUUCCCCUGUUAGAGAGGUGCGAGUUGCCAGCUCAUGUGUUAGCCAUUAAUAUAAUUUUUGUUGAAACAUUGUUCCCUUCAAAGACUGAAGUUCAGAUGUUACUGCCCCUUUUUCUUCAUAUAAAGUACUUUGGUGUGUCGUCUGUUUUCUUCUUUUAACCUAUAAAAUACCCAACAUGGCCUUUAGUAAUGUGUGAACUGUUUUCCUCAAAAGUUGAGGAAAAUAUCUUUUCUGCGUAGUGCCUAUUUUUUAACAUUAACUCGUGCCAUAUUAGACCCUACUUUUGCCUUGUGCCAUUCAAACGCUUGUGCAUUUGGUCAUUGUUUUGUCUCAAGAACCAAGGCACAGCCAAUGUCUCCCCUGUUUAAACCUUCUUUGUUGCGUCUCUAAAAAAGUGAGGCGAAUGUAUGUCACAGCCACUGUUCUUACUACUUAAACCUGAGGCAUUGUUUUGUUUGUUAUUGGAGAUUUUUAUGCCACCAGGGUGGUAUCAAUACUUCUUUUUUUGAACACGAUAAAGAAAAGAGCAGUAUCACCUUGUUUCCUUUUCAUUGUAUCUGUUGCUAACUGCCACGCCCACUUUUUACUUCUGUAACUCUUUUUGUGCGUUUUCUUCAAAUAAAGAAGACCAGAAGCCCAAGGCAAAAGUCUUAUUUCUG